GCUGCUGAGAACCAGACCGGAAACCGACUUUGUAGACGGAAACGGAAUUAAAUGUUAGAAUGGACGUAAUGUGAACGUGCUGUUGUUGUUGUGGAGCCGCGGACUCUUCACGGGAUGUCGACCACGGCGCGGAGCGGGGACAUCAUCCACCUGAACGUGGGAGGGAAGAGGUUCAGCACCUCCCGACAGACGCUCACAUGGGUUCCUGACUCCUUCUUCACCAGUCUUUUGAGCGGUCGGAUCUCAACUCUGAAGGAUGAAACUGGAGCUAUCUUCAUUGACAGGGACCCCUCUCUGUUUGCGACCAUCCUCAACUUCCUGCGAACAAAAGAGCUUCAUCCCCGCUCCAUCAACGUGCACAUGCUCAUGCACGAGGCCGAGUUCUACGGCAUCACGCCGCUGGUGCGUAAACUGCAGCUGUGUGACGAGCUGGACCGCUCGUCCUGUGGAAACGUGCUGUUCAACGGCUACUUGCCUCCACCAGUGUACCCAGCCAAGCGUCGUAACCGGCACAGCGUAGCGGGGUCGCAGUUCAUGGGCGGCCGAGCCACGCCUGCAGAGAGAGCGCCGGUCAGACGCAGCAACACCAUGCCCCCCAACCUGGGGAACUCUGGGAUGAUGGGCAGGGUCAGCCAUGAUGAGAGGCCGUUCGGAGGUCAGUCAUCAGACUCUGGCAUGGUGCGGAUCGUCUGUGGUCAUCAUAACUGGAUUGCUGUGGCCUACGCACAGUUUGUCGUCUGUUACAGGGUGAAGGAGUCCACCGGCUGGCAGCAGGUCUUCACCUCUCCUCGUCUGGAUUGGGUGAUCGACGGAGUUGCGCUCAACGCCAAGGUGAUGGGCGGCUCGCUGGGAGACAACGACAAGAUGGUGGCUGUGGCCUCUGCGACGGAGAUCAUCCUGUGGUCCAUCUGUCCAGACGGCAACGGAAAUGAAAUCGGCGUCUUCAGCCUCAACGUGCCGGUGGAGGCCCUCUUCUUCGUUGGUAACCAGCUGAUCGCCACCAGUCACAGCGGGAAAGUGGGAGUGUGGAACGCCGUCACCAAACACUGGCAGAACCAGGAUGUGGUUCCCAUCAGCAGCUACGACACCGCCGGCUCCUUCCUCAUCCUCGGCUGCAACAACGGAUCCAUCUACUACAUCGAUGUUCAGAAGUUCCCUCUGAGGAUGAAGGACAACGACCUGCUGGUGACGGAGCUGUACCGGGACCCGACUGAAGACGCCAUCACCGCCCUCAGUGUCUACCUCACUCCCAAAACAAGUGACAGCGGGAACUGGAUCGAGAUCGCGUACGGGACGAGCUCCGGGACGGUCCGAGUCAUCGUGCAGCAUCCGGAGACCGUGGGCUCGGGGCCUCAGCUCUUCCAGACCUUCUCCGUCCACCGCAGCCCCGUCACCAAGAUCAUGCUGUCGGAGAAACACCUCAUUUCAGUCUGUGCAGAUAACAACCACGUGCGCACGUGGACGGUGACUCGCUUCAGAGGGAUGAUCUCCACCCAGCCGGGCUCCACGCCGCUCACCUCCUUCAAGAUCCUCAGCCUGGACGACGUGGACGGACACGGAGGCUGCAGCGCCGGGACAGAGAUAGGUCCGUACGGAGAGAGAGACGAUCAGCAGGUCUUUAUUCAGAGGGUCGUCCCAGACACUGAUAAACUGUACGUCAGGCUGUCGUCCAAUGGGAAGAGGGUGUGUGAGGUGCGUUCGGUGGACGGCACCUCCAUCACGGCCUUCAUGGUCCACGAGUGCGAGGGCUCGAGUCGCAUCGGCUCCCGGCCGCGGCGCUACCUCUUCAGUGGCCACAGCAACGGCAGCAUCCAGAUGUGGGACCUGACCACGGCCAUGGAGAUCGCCGGCAAGGUCGACAUCAGAGCGCUGGGCGGGCCAACGGAGGAGGAGCUGCUGGAGCUGCUGGAUCAGUGCGACCUGGCUCUGACCAGAACUCCUGACAGUACACCGAGAGCCUCCACCUGCAGUCUUCACUCUCAGUUCACUGACGGCUUCAGGACGGAGCGUCUCCACUCUGCAGGAGGACGAGGAGGCGGAGCUCCGGGUGGGGCCUACCAGUAUGGUAGCCUCCCCCGACAGGUCCCGCCCCCAGUGCCGUUGGCCAAACCUCUCCGAGACGCCGUCCUCUCAUCCGGAGCUGGACCUCAGACCUUCUCAGGCCACGGUCCGACCUACAGCCACAGCUCCACCGGCAGCCCCCGCCCCCACAGACACCCCGACGGGGACAGGGAGUGGGGGGGUGUCCGGAGGGGCAGCUUCGUGGAGCGCUGCCAGGAGCUGGCCAAGGGUUCGGAGGCAGCUGGCGGUUCAGGAUUUGGGGUCCUGGGGGGGGCGGAGGGCAGCAGGCGGAGCUUAGCAGUGUGCUCCGAGUUAGAGGCCAGGUUCGUCCUCAGGACUCCCACCACCUUCUCUGUGUCCCCCGGUGCUCGCCAUUCAGCCGGAUCCCCCCAGUCAUCGCUGUCACCUUCUCCGUUAUCCUCGUCUUCAUCACACCGCAAGGCCCCGCCCACUUCCCCAGCAAGCCCCACCCCCUGUGCAGUAAGCCCAACCCGGUCUCAGACCCCGGUGUCUCCUCGCCGUAGAGCCGCACCGGCUCCCAUUGACAUCCCAGCAUCACCAGAGAGCCCCCCAAGUCCAGACCACCCCUCCACUGGCCCCCCUGCUGGCCCCUCGGCCAGCCCCCCCGCCAGCCCCUCCACUGCCCCCCCUGCCAGCCCCAAACCACACAUGAACGAGACCAGCUUCUGAUUGGCUGAUCUGACUGAGACUCAGACACUAGAGAGCGAAUCAGCUAGAAAUGAAAAACUCAUUUCCUGAAACAUGUGUUUUGAUCAGGUCUGGAUUUGUGAUGUCACAUGUUGAGAUGUGAAGCAGCCAAUCAGCUCUCAAGGAGUUCUGUUGCCACAACGACCAUGUGCCAUUAGGUUGUUUGUUGACGAACUCGUCUGUUUGGAAAUGAACGUGAACAUGAAAGAAGAAUCGAUAUGUUCACGUGAUCUAAACGACUCAUUAACGGGCUCAGACAGUUCUGAACCGGUGACACAGAGCGACACCAGACGCAGUUUCCUGUUUCUCAAAGACGAUUGUUGCUUUUGACCUGAAAUGAGAGAAAAAGCUCAAAAUAAAUAACCCCCGAAAAAAAGUGAACAAUUGUUUCUCUGGCAAAAGUGGAUUCAAGCUGCAAACAACAAGGUUGUUGUGUCGCUUCUCGUGUUGGACUCUGUCCAUCAGAGACGACCGGUCAACUCGGGUCACGUCCCAGAGACGUUCAACAAGUCGUCAGAUCGUCGUCCAGAAACUGGAAGCUGUGUCGCGUGUUUGAAACCAGUGAUUCACUGGUUCACUGGUUUCUGAUGUUGAAGUCUCCAUCAGGAGGUGGAGACCAAACAUGGAGCCACUGCCCCCAGGUGCCGGAGAAGGUUACUGCAGCUUCAACUGUGUUUUUGUAGCUUUUUGAUAAAGGUUUUUCAAACAGAAACUUUUCUAUCUCUUCCUCCUCUGACUGAUCCGAAUCAUGAGUCUGUUUAAACUAAACUUAAAAGUAUUUUAUUGAAGCUUUAUUUUUCUAAUUUUUAUGUUUGGUUCAGUAAAAUGUAAAAUGUCAUUUCAAACUGUGAUGUAAGAAAACACCUCGUCUGUUCUUUUCUUAACGGAGUCAAACAUCAACAUGUCUUUAACUUUCCAUUAAUGUUUGUUUUUUAACAUGAAGAAUUGACAAACAGUAAAAACAAAGUGAAACUCUUUUGUUUUAUUUAACAGCUUCAUAUUAUUGUCAAGUAAUAGUAACAAAAUAUACCAGAUGUAAGUUGAAACUGGAUUUAUUGAUGGAUUAAUCACCACAGCUCCAUAGUUUAGUGACCUUAACAGAUUUAUUCAUUACUCGAAGAAGAUGAGUAACUGUACUUUUUGUAGAUUUGAUAUUCAGUAGAUAUUGAAUCAAAUAGUUUUUUUCACUGAAGGAAACGAUUUCUUCUCGUGGUUAUAAUCAAAACAUUUUCUCAGUGGGAUUUCCAGUUUUCCUGCGACACACAAACGCAUCAUCCUUCCUUUUCUCUGAAGUGUUCAGUGAUGGAAAAUAAUCAGUAUUUAUCAUUAUCAGUCAGAUGUUGUUUCCAGCUGAUCUCAGGUCUUAACAGUUUGUAUAAAUAAUAAAAUCAGACUCAUGAA